GUGGAAGAGAGGUACCGGCAACAACCACCACAGCAAAAGCAAACGCUCUUGCAGUCUGCUGCCUCUCGCUCGCUUACACUACAAAAAAAGUUGUAUACACGCAUUCACACGCACCAAAAUUUUCGCACGCAACUGCGAAGCAAGCGCAACACACACACACACACACACCCGUUGAUAUUGGCUGAGGCCUGAGUGCUGCUACUUUUUUGUCUUCGACACGCAAUAGUGCUAGGCUCGCUUUCUGUGUUUCCCCUUCACCUACUUCCACUCUGCGCGACAGCAACGAUGAGUCGCGCGGCGGCCGCCGAUGUGGUGCACGCCGCGUCGUCCACGAUCAGCACGGCCGCGGCGGCAUCGCAGGCUGCCCCUGACACCUCUCUCGCAGGGACCAGCAUGGACCUCGAGACACUGCGCAAGUCGAUCCAGCAGGAGCAAACGAGGACGUGCCGGCAGCCCCGGCGGCGCAGCUGCUGCGUGUGCCGGAGGUGAUGGACGACUUUGUGCGCAACUUCCUGCAGCGCAACGGCAUGCGAGCUACGUUGCAGACGUUUGAGGGCGAGUGGUACCGCCACACGGCCGCCCGCACUGUCUCCCCGGCAAACCCGAUGGUGCCGGACAACUACCGCGAGACGAUGGCGCUGCUCAACCGGAUCGAAACCCUCGAGCGCGAUCUGCGCCAGCACGCCGAGCUCACCACCCGCGUCACCGAGCAGUGGACACAGGCGAAGAAGGACCGCGAGUACCACCGCGUGAAUCACCAGCGGGUGGUGCAGGAGAACGCGCGGCUGAGUCGGCUGCUGAAGCAGGCCGGGCAGCACGCAGAGCAGGUGAACCCGACGCUGACGGAGUCGCGCGUGCGCUGCGAGCAGCUCCUCAAGGCCAAGUCCUUGCUUAUCAUUGAACGAGACAAGCUGAAGCGCGACAACGAGGUGCUGGAGGCGCGGGUGGCGGAACUAGAGGGGCAGCAGGCGUCCAACGCUAACACUAUGACCACCACCACCUCGACGACGAAGCCGAAGCCGCCGGCGGGGCAGCGGACGGGCAAGGCGUCGCCGGGGAAUGGGAAGGCGAAGGGGCCGUCCCCACCACCGGGCCGCCGCGGCCCGGCGUCGUCCACCGCGCAGGCGAAGGGGACUGCGGUGGACGGUGCCGUCGAUGCUGCCGCGGCGGCGGCCGAUGCGAUGGCGGAGGUCUUUGUGUGGCCAGCAGAUGAGCGUCCCCACCGUGGCGGCACCGGUGCGUGGUCGGCCAGCUCCGUCGUAGCCGUCGGCGGUGAUGGCGGCGGAGGCGCUCACCACAACGCGGGCGGCAGCAGCAGUGGCCGCCCUGGGAGCUCUUCGGCUGCUGUUGCUGCUGCCGCGGCGGCGCGUCUCAACCCCCCGGUCGGUUCCCCUGCCACGGAGUGGGCGGAGCAGGCAAACUUCCAGGCUCACACGCUGCCCGUCUCGAGCGUUGCCCUGCACCCCUUCAAGCCGGUGGUGGCCAGCGGGUGCGACGAUGGCACGUGGCGCCUCUCCGCGCUUCCCAGCGGGGACGCGGUCGUCUCGGGACAAGGGCAUGCGAACUGGAUCUCUAGCGUGUGCCUGCACCCCCGCGGCACGAUGCUCGCGACCGGCUCCGGUGACAAGACGGUGAAGCUGUGGGACUUCGCCAGCAGCCGCUGCUCCGUCACCCUGGUCGGGCACACCGAGGGGGUCUGGGACGUCGACUUUCAGGACACCGGGGCGCUGCUGGCGAGCGCUGGGCUCGACAAGACCGCCCGGGUGUGGGAUGUGGAAAAGGGUGUGUGUCGGCAGGCGUUGCGUGGCCACCUCGAGGCCGUCAACGCCGCUCGCUGGCUGCCCUGCACGAACCUACUUCUCACCGGCAGCGCCGACAAAAGCGUGGCGGUGUGGGAUGCGCGGCAGAACACGCGUGUCCAGUCGUUCACCGGCCAUCGCGGGGCGGUGCUGUCCGUCGCCGCCGGCCCUGUCGACAGCAACGUGUUUGUCUCCUGCGACACGCAAGGCGCGGUGAUGUUGUGGGAUGCCCGGCGUAUGGCGCAGCUGCUGCGGGUGGAGUGCGGGCCGCAGCCGGCGAAUUGCACCGCGAUCGACGGCUCGGCGCACUUUGUGGCGGUGGCGAGCGAUGAUGGCACCAUUAAAGUUAUCGACGUCGAGGAGACGGUGGUGACGGAGUUGGUGGGUCACGAGGGCCCUGUGCAGAGCGUUGCCUUCGAUGUGGCGAGCAGCCGGUUUUUGGUGAGUGGUGGGAGCGACCGGACGAUUCGGUACUGGUCGUAG